GUGUUUUCAAGAAUUUAGUUAUUCAUCGUUUUAUUCAAAGCCUAAAGCUGGCUAGUUUACUAAGGAAGACUAUGAAGUAUGUUUUAGUGACAGGGGGUGUCAUAAGUGGAGUUGGGAAGGGUGUUAUAGCAAGUAGUAUUGGUACUAUAUUAAAAUCGUCUGGUAUUGCUGUAACAUCUAUAAAGAUUGAUCCCUAUAUUAAUAUUGAUGCUGGUACAUUCUCUCCUUAUGAGCAUGGUGAAGUGUUUGUUUUAGAUGAUGGUGGAGAAGUAGAUUUAGAUUUGGGAAAUUAUGAAAGAUUUCUAGACAUUACAUUACAUAGAGAUAAUAAUAUUACAACAGGCAAAGUUUAUCAGGAUGUCAUCAAUAAAGAGAGAAGGGGGGAUUAUCUUGGUAAAACAGUACAAGUUGUACCUCACAUAACAGAUAGUAUACAAGAAUGGGUGAUACGUGUUGCUAAAAGACCAGUAGAGGGUAGUCAGAUUCCAGAUGUUUGCAUUAUAGAGUUAGGGGGAACAAUAGGAGAUAUAGAAGGUAUGCCUUUUGUUGAGGCAUUUAGACAGUUUCAAUUCAGAGUAAAAAAGGAGAAUUUUUGUUGUGUUCAUGUUAGCUUAGUGCCUCAACCAAAGACUACAGGAGAGCAAAAAACUAAACCGACACAAUCUAGUGUAAGGGAAUUACGAGGGUUAGGUUUAUCUCCAGAUCUGGUUGUAUGUAGAAGUAAUACACCAUUAAUUGAUGCCGUCAAACAAAAGGUUUCAUUGUUUUGUCAUGUUGAACCUGAACAGGUUUUCUGUGUACAUGAUGUCUCUUCCCUGUACAGAGUGCCGUUAUUAUUAGCAAGUCAAGGAGCUAAAGAAUUUUUUACAAAUCGUUUGCAUUUAACUGGUUUUGAAAAAUCACCUUUACGACACAUGGCAAAAUGGAAAGAAUUAGCAGACAGACACGAUAGGUUACUUAAAGAAGUAACCAUUGUGUUGGUUGGUAAAUAUACACAGUUAGAAGAUGCCUAUGCCUCUGUUAUCAAGUCUUUACAACAUUCAGCUCUAGCUAUCAGUCAUAGACUAGAUCUUAAGUAUAUAGAAGCUGCGGAUCUGGAGCCAUCUAUGAUACAUGAAGAUGCCCAGAAAUAUCAUCAAGCCUGGAAAGAAUUAGUAGGAGCCAAUGGCAUUCUGGUACCUGGUGGUUUUGGAGUACGUGGAACAGAGGGUAAAAUAUUGGCAGCACAGUGGGCCAGAACUAAGAAUGUUCCAUUUCUAGGUGUUUGUCUAGGACUACAAUGUGCCGUUAUAGAAUUUACUAGAAAUGUUUUAGAGCUCACUGAUUCUCACUCUACAGAAUUUAAUCCUAAUACAGAACAUCCAGUGGUGAUUGAAAUGCCAGAACACAAUCCGGGUCAAAUGGGAGGAACAAUGAGAUUAGGAAAACGUAAAACAUUGUUUAAAGUUAAAAAUUCACUUGUCAAAAAAUUAUAUCAUAAUAAAGAAUAUGUAGAAGAAAGACAUAGACAUAGAUAUGAGGUCAACCCAACCUACACUGAAAAGAUAGAAGCCAAAGGUAUGAAGUUUGUAGGUAGAAGUGAAGAUGGUGAAAGAAUGGAAAUCAUGGAACUUGAAGGUCAUCCAUAUUAUGUUGGUGUUCAAUAUCACCCAGAAUAUAUCUCACGACCAAUGAAACCAUCACCACCCUAUUUAGGUUUAUUAUUAGCUAGUACUGGUAGACUCACUAGCUAUAUAAAUCGUGGUUGCCGACCCUCACCCAGAAUGUCGUUCUGUGAAAGUGAAGAAGAUAUGUCUGAUGAAGAAGUUGCUGAUUUAACAGCUAAAUUGAAUCUUGAAGCAUAACAUACUGAGAGGAUUUUAGCUUUUUACUGACGUUUGUAUGAGAAUUAGUGCUAAGUGUAAGUUUUAAUGAUAAUUGUGACAUGAGAAGAAGACCGAGGAUAGACAUUUAUUUUUUUCUUUAUAUAUAUUAAAUCUUACAUAAAUUUUUUUUUUUUUUUGUAGAAUUUAGACAUUAAUCUGAACAUGCAGAAUUUUGUGAUGUAGCAUUUACUGAUAUGUUAUCUUCUCCCACUGUCAAUUUCAUGGUGAUUGUUGGUCCCAUUGUAGUAUGUCAAGUUAGAUUUACAAUUUUAAUAUCAGUAAUGAUUUUCUCAGAAUUGCAGAUUUUAUCCUCUCAUUCCAAGUCUACUGCCAAACAACUAAAUAAAUUUUAUUAUAAAUACAACUUGUAUAUAUUACAUAUUUAGUUUAUCAUACAUCUAUGUUCUAGAUUACUUUGAACAAAAAUAUCUUAUUUGAUUUACAAGUUUCUUAAUUACAGCACACUAUAAAUAAAUGUUUUACUUUCCUAUUUUUUGAACCAAGCCCUGAAAAUAAAAAGAAUAUUAAUACUG